AUGCACGACCGAUCAGCCUCCGUGCGCUACCAGGACGUCACGACCCCGUCGUCACCGCUCCAAUGCGGACUGCCGCAAGGGUCGCCGGCCUCCCCCAUACUCUACUUACUCUACACGGAACCGAUCUACCGCUUGCGCAACCCCAAAGAGCGCUUCGGCUAUGCAGACGACACCGCCAUCCUCUGCGUCGGCAUCACCCUAGAGGAGACUGCCCGCAACGCGUCAAGACACGUCCAUGAACUCAUGGAGUGGGGGACCGAAAAUGCGAUAACCUUUGACCCUAAGAAGACUGAAGUCAUGCACUUCUCCCGGAAAGAGCCGGAAACUGUACCGCCAGUCUUCCAUGACGGAGUGGAGAAGUGGCCAGAAUCCGCGGUGAGAUGGCUAGGCAUCUGGCUCGACAGCACCCUGGCCUUCAAGACCCACGUCGAGAAGUGGACUGCCAAAGCGCAGAGGGUAGCCCACCACCUCAAGGCAAUGACGAGUACCAAUCGCGGACCCCUGCCGAGUGCGGUCCGGAGAGCCGUCCGCGCUUGCAUCGAACCACAACUGCUCUUCGGAGCAGAGGCAUGGUACCCGGGUAUGACCCGCCCGAAUUGGUCCCAACCCACAAGAGAAGGGCCGUCAGGAAUAAUGCACCUCGUCCGGCGAAUGGAUAAGUCGCUUCAUACGGCCGUACGGGCCGUCCUCCCAAUCUGGAAGACCACACCGCUGAGCACCAGGCACCGCGAGGCGGGCAUUCCGCCAGUUUCACAACUGCUCGAGUCGUGCCGCCUGCGCUUUGCAGCCCGCCUUAGAUCACUCGACAAAGCGCACCCACUUGUGGUGCGAACGGAGCCGAUCCGGGCCCCUGUCAUCAACAGGGCCAUCAAGCUCAAAUAUCAGCUUCCACGAAAGCCUUUCCGGACCCGACUGCGUCGCGCCGACGAGCUGCUCCCCAGAUGCGCCCGGCCAGAGCUCCUUCCACGCAGAUCUGCCAGCGACCAGGCCCUGCAGACUGCAUCGAAAGAGGAAUCAGCGGCCAACUUCCGCGACUGGCUCCGGGCAGUUGCCCCACGAACGGCAGUCGUUUACUCAGACGGGUCCCUCUCUGCGGAGGGAGCUGCGGGGUACGGCUAUGCCGUACAUGUGGAUGGACUUACCGUCCUCAGCGGGAACGGCCGCCUUGGGCCUGCCGAAGUCUUUGAUGCUGAAGCCAAAGGCGCUCUUGAAGGGUUGCGUGCCGCUCUCAACCUCCCAGUACCGAGACGAAUAGUUGUGUGCCUCGACAACCUCGCAGUCGCCAAAUGUCUUCGAGGCAUGCCCUCAGAUUCCUCUCAGCGUGAGUUCCUGGAAUUCCAGGCCUUAGCCGCAGAACACGGUGCCACCGAGAUCCGCUGGAUCCCCGGACACACCAAUAUCCCAGGCAACGAACAGGCCGACGCCUUGGCAAAGGCCAGUACCUCUCAACCCGAACCUGUAGACGCUCUCCCGACGCUGGCAUAUCUGCGCUCAACCACGACGAUGCACGGCUGA